CCGAUAUAUUAUUCAGUUAGUUUUCUUUUUGAAAUAUUUUCAUACCGCAGUUUUUUUCAAUUAUUUUUCAUCAAAUAGCAGUUUAGUAUUUAUGUUUCUAUAUACACCUGUAAAAAUGCCUUUCGACUCAUUGAUUAUUAUUAUUAAUUCAUUUCUGAUAAGUGAAAUCAAGUUUACUUCCUAGAUGUCGAAGUGUCAGUCCAUGAAACUUUUGACUGAGAUCGAGUCGAGUUAUAACCCAAAGUCCGUGGAGGAAGGAUGGUACACCUUGUGGGAAUCCAGGAAAUUUUUCACACCCUCCAGCGACCCUGAAGCCCUCAACACCAAAAACAAGUGGGUGUCCCUACUACCACCACCUAACGUUACUGGCUCUCUGCACAUUGGUCACGCCCUAACUGUUUCGAUCCAGGACUGUUUAACAAGAUGGCACCGAAUGAAGGGUGAUGUAACACUCUGGCUACCAGGAACUGACCAUGCUGGAAUUGCCACUCAGUCAGUGGUUGAGAGAACUCUGUAUAAGGAUGAAAACCUCAAACGGCACGAUCUCGGAAGAACAAAAUUCGUUGAAAAAGUCUUUGAAUGGAAUGAUAAAUACGGAAGCAACAUCAAAAACCAGCUUAAGAGAUUGGGAGCUUCAUUGGAUUGGACUAGAGAGGUUUUCACUAUGGAUCAACCACGGUCAACUGCCGUUAUCGAGGCUUUCGUUCGUCUUUACGACUCUGGACAUAUUUAUCGAAACACUCGAUUGGUAUCCUGGUGCCCAUACCUCUCCACUGCACUCUCAGAUAUUGAAGUUGAACCCAUGGAAAUUACUUCCCCAACCUUCAUUACCAUUCCAGGAUAUGAUUCAUCUGUGGAGGUUGGUUCGUUGUGGGUGUUCCAGUACCCUGUGAUGGUUGGAAGCGAGACACGUUACCUUCCAGUAGCCACGACUAGGCUGGAGACUAUGCUGGGUGACGUUGCAGUGGCAGUCAAUCCUGAUGAUGCAAGGUAUAAGGAAAUGGUAGGCUGUAAAAUAAAGCACCCCUUUUUCCCGGAUAGGGAAAUGGUCGUGGUGGCUGACUCCCACGUGGAUAUGGAGUUUGGCACUGGCGCUGUUAAAAUAACACCGUCCCAUGACAAGAACGAUUUUGAAAUUGCAAAGAGGCAUGGCCUUCCGUUUUUGAACAUUUUCACCAACGACGGGAAGAUAAACGAGAACGGAGGAGAAUUCGCAACCAUGCACAGGUUCCAGUGCCGGAAAGUACUUGAAAAGAGGUUGAAAGAGAUUGGACUAUUUCUAGAUAAGAAGCCGAACACUAAGCCGAUGAUGGUGCCAAGGUGUUCGAGGACUGGCGACAUUGUAGAAUAUAUGCUAAUUCCACAGUGGUAUGUGAACUGCAAGGACUUGGCCAAGAGGGCAAUUGAAGUUGUGAGAAACGGCUCUCUUAAGAUCAUCCCAUCGUCCUACGUCUCAGUGUGGAACCAGUGGCUUGAGAAUAUCCAGGACUGGUGUAUUUCAAGACAACUUUGGUGGGGUCAUAGGAUUCCAGCCUACCGUGUCACUUCAUCUGCUAUUCCAGCUUCUGAGGAAAGGUGGGUUGUCGGAAGAGACUUUGAAGAAGCCCAGCAACGUGCACAAACUCUCUUUCCAAACUUACCAGACCUAACCCUAACUCAGGAUGAGGAUGUUUUGGAUACUUGGUUUUCCUCUGGGUUAUUUCCGCUUAGUACACUUGGGUGGCCCGAUACUGAUACUUCCGAUUUCAAGUCGUUUUUCCCCACCAGCCUACUCGAGACGGGCAACGACAUUAUCUUCUUCUGGGUCGCAAGGAUGGUCAUGCUUUCUCUACAUUUCGUGGAUAUGCUUCCGUUUAAUGAGAUUUACAUGCAUCCACUGGUUAGGGAUUCGAGAGGUGAAAAGAUGAGUAAAAGUAAGGGAAACGUUGUUGACCCUAUUGACAUCAUAGAGGGGACUACGCUUGAGAGGCUAAACCAGAAUAUUCUGAAUUCUUCUCUCCCUCAGGGCGAGAUAAAGAGAGCUUUAGCACUACAGAAACAGCAGUUUCCUGAUGGGAUCCCAAUAUGUGGUGUAGAUGGACUCAGACUUGGACUUCUCGCCUUAAUGAGGCACAAUAGAGCUAUUUUACUGGACGUGAAUAAACUUGUAUCUUCAAGGCACUUUGGAAACAAGAUUUGGAACGCCACUAAAUUUGCAAUUCUUCGCACCAAGUUCUUCAGGCCAUCCGUACAACAUACUUAUAACCAUUAUAACACCGUUAAAUCCUAUAAGGGUGAUAACAGUCUUGAAUGCAAAUUCAAAUGGGAAGAUAAAUGGAUUCUACACAAACUCAAUCAAUACACUAAACGGGUAACUGAUGGAUUGGAGGCCUAUCAGUUUUAUGAUGUGGUGCAGGCGACAUAUGAUUUUUGGUUAUAUCAACUAUGUGAUGUAUAUUUGGAACUGGUAAAAAACAGACUCCCGUCAGUGAUUGACGAUUCUUCAUUUGUACCAACGCCCGAGUCAAAUGCCGCUGCCUUCGUGAUCCACACCUGCUUUAGCGAGUCUCUGAAACUACUUCACCCGAUAAUGCCAUUCAUAACUGAGGAGCUUUAUCACCACCUUCCCGAGUAUCUUAGAAAGCACGAGUCGAUUUCGAUUUCAACGUUCCCGAAACCCAAUGUCGAGUGGGAGAACGAAGCACUUGAUGCUGAAAUGGACACACUUUUCUCAGUAGUGCACAGCUUCAGAUCACUGGCAACAACUCUAGGACUAGCGCAAAACACUAACAAAGUUGGAUUCAUAACUACCGAUGAACCAACACGCCAUCUAUUAUAUGAUAAACUCCACCUAAUAGAAACGCUCUCCAAAUUCAAAUCGAUCUCAAUUGUGAGUAAUACGAGUACGGAGUUGUAUCAUUGUGUUCAAAAUGUAGUUUCAUCUUCUCUAGUCACUUACAUUAACGUUGACGAGACUGUGGACUUGGUUAAAACCUCGUCAAUGCUCAAUGACAGACUUUCAAAAACAAAUAAAAUGCUUGAGUCAUACCUAAAGAAGUUAGAAGUGCCGAACUAUGAAGACAAGGUCCCGUCUGACGUCAGGUCACUCAACGACUCCAAGAUAAAGGAGCUGUCUCACGAAAAACAGCAGCUUGAAGAAGCCAUCAGGGACCUUGGAAGACUCAAAUUAAAUAACUUUAAAUAAUCCUUAAUAUUUCUUGUAUACUA